GGUGCGAAAUAUUUACCUACCCGAGCAUCUAAGCAGGGAUAAUCGGGAAUUUGUGGUUUUUAAGAAGAAAAGCAUCAUGUCGGUUGUUUGCCCACGUUUGAAUCCUUUUGCGUCAGACCCGAUCGUGAUUACUUCGCUGAAUCAAUAUGAACUUCGUUUGUCUACCUACAGCAGAAUCCCAGGAACGGAAGUGACGUUAUCAUGUGUGGAUGACCUACGUGUCCAAGGUCAGAGCGUCAUUAGGUGUCAAGAAGAUGGUAAUUGGAACUUUGAUUCGCGUCCAUAUUGCGCCAAACCAUCCCUGUAUGGUACCCCAACUGCAGAUGACCCGGUGACCUCUAACCUCCCUGACAGCGCUAAAAUUCUGAUUGGUGUGUUGGUUGCUGUGACGCUGGUUGUCACUAUCAUCAUGAUCUUCAUCAGCUGUCUCAUCCGAAGGAAGAUGAUAGAACUUCGAAGACACCAGGAACUCAGAGAAAAAUUUUCACAAACGGAUGAAGAGGAAAAAAGGAGUAGAGGACUCGUUUUCAUGAACAACAACACUCAACCACGAAGAUCCCUUAUCGAGUACGACUACGCUGCAGUUGCAAGCAGCGACAUCUCUGUGAAUGAAACCAGGAAUGAAAACUCUGUGACAACGCAUAGAACAAAUUCUAAACGGGAACCAAGUACACAUUUCAGUCAUCCAAAACCUAAUACAAAACCUGUAAGCAAUGGACCGAAACUGAGACGUCAUAGCGAGAUCGUUCAUAUGAAGAAUUUUAAUCACGAUAUUCGGUAUUCCUCCGCAAACUCCGACACGGCCAAGGUGUUCCAAUCUGUCAAUGCAGGUCUUCGCGGUGAUUCAAAGAAAAUAAACAGCAGACGACAACGAAGUCAUAGCGAGGCUGGACGCAGAAGCAGUGAGAUGACAACACCCUCUCCAAUAUCUGAAAGCGGAAAUUCAAAAGGCAGCAAAAAUAACCAAAUGAAUAGCAUUGCUCCCAUUUUUGCUAUUUCGGGAAGGACUGAUGGGUCAUUACACAGGGGUUCCAUUUCGCUUGGGGAGGAGGAUCAUCACCACACAGAUCUGACGGAAAUCAACACGGAUGCAAUGUCCUAUGGUCGAGAUCCAUUCCUCUGGAAAUCUGUGCCACGGGACUGGAAUUCACAUUGAAGUCAAGAUGUAAAGCAACAUUUUAUUAGCAUAAUAUUUAUGGACUCUAUUCAUUGUAAAAUGUGCCAUCGGAUUAUUAUAAAGAGUUCAUAUAUUUAACUGUGUAUUAUCAUGUUGUAAUUUUGAAUUUAUCUCUAUCAAAUCAUAUAAAGCAAUUUCAGCUUUAUGGACAGAUGACACAAACAACUUUUUUUUUCAAAAGCCAUGAAAAUAAUAACUAAAGUCAUAAAGCUAAAUGAGUAAGUUUAACCGCAUAGAUUUUGAUUUUUCAUUCAAAGUUUCACAAUAAUGUGAUUUUAAGUGACAAAAAGUUGUAUAGAUUAGUAAGGAUGGUUGCAGAAAGGUAAAUUUUGAAGAUCAUAGAAAGUUAACAAUCUUUUCAUAUUUUAGAAAUUUGAUACUUGCAAUCGA